AUGCUUUCAGCCUGCAAUUGUAGUCACCUUUCGAAUCGUUGCUAUUAUGAUCACGAUUUAUUCGAGAAGACUGGAAGUGGUGGACAUUGUGUGGACUGUGCCGGAAAUACUCAGGGUCCACACUGUGAAGAAUGUGCGGCGAACAACUGGAGACGUCGCGGAGAGCACUAUUGUGUCGCCUGUAAUUGUAACGAGAUCGGAUCACUGACUUUACAAUGCGAUGAAACUGGUCAAUGUCCAUGCAAACCUGGUGUCGAUGGACAGUUCUGUGACCAUUGCAAGAACGGAUUCUAUGAAUUCUCAAAAACUGGAUGCAAGUCAGUUCAUCUCUCCAAUCAUUUAAUCAAUCGCUCUGUUUUAUUCAGAGUCUACAAUAGUAUUAUGCACGUUAUCAGUGUUUGA